CACUUUCGAAUGCAUGUUAUCGAAAUGUCAAUUGCAUUUUGGAUCUUUAUUUAGAAAUAUUGUAUAAAAAUUAUGGAGAGAAUCGAAAAAAUUAAAAUUUUAAGAUAUAUCGCCGGAUGAUAUUACAUUUUCGUGGAAAUUUCAUCUGGCACUCGUUGGACCAACAAUUUCAAAUGCGUGCCUAGCAGCAAUUGAUGUGAAUGAAAAUGGAUGAUUGCUAUUGAUUUUCCAAGGCGUGACAAGAUCUUUAACUGCAAUUGAAAACAUUAAACGUUCGGAAGUGUCAGCAGAUUUUGUGACAUAAAUGAGUAAUACAAAAAGACUGGCAAAAAGAUGAUCGAAUUAAUUCGAAAAUCAAGGAAAAUUCAAUUUCAUGAAACAAAGUAGCUUACUGUAAAUAUCUAAUGGUAUUCCCGUUUUUAUGGACAAUCUAACGGCUUGGUGAAAUUUGCGUUGCUAAACAAAACGACGGCCUUUAUUGUCGAACUGUAAUCACAACCAUUACAUAUGAUUUCCCACUGAUGAUCAUUUGAAAAGCAAUACAGAGACACUGAAUACAGAAAAAAAAACAAUGAAAUUACUUGCAGUGUGUUGUAUUAAAAGUUGCUGCUAAGGUGUAGGCUACGUCUGGCUGCAAAAGCACACUGUAUUGUGCACAAUAUCUCACGGUUACUGGCUACUUUUCUCGUUGAUUUAUUGAAAAUAUUUUGGACUUUUUUAUUUGGUCAAUCAGUCGAAAAUGGAUUCGCAAAUACAGUGUCCUGUUUGUACACUUUAUCUCCAUGUUGGAAUGAAUUUACAAGAUCAUCUGAACACCCAUCCAAAAGAUCAGGUCAUCUCGGCAUUAGUUAAUAUGACACUGUUGCAACAACGGGCCAAUGAUGAAAAUUCCAACAAUUUCGAAUGCAGCCGAUACGAACCAUUGGCCAACACUGAUGAUCUCAAUUCGUCUACGGACAAAUCGCUUCCAAAGGCAUUUCAAAAUCAACAACAAUCGAUUACAUAUUUUGCUCCCAUUUCACAACAAACGUCGCACCAAUUGAUGAUUGUAAAUGGUACUCAGGUUUUUCAUGAUCAACGUCAUCGUCGCAUUGGAGUUACAUCACAGAGUUGUUCGACUCCAAUUUCACAUCGUACGGGAACAGUGCCACCACUGUCGAUUCCGGCACGGACAUUUCGACUGAUUCCAGCUAAACAAGCAAUACCGCCACCACCACCAUAUCAUGCAUCCGUUCGGAAUGCGAUUCAUCGCAAUGAAAUCAAUCAAAUUACCACACAAAUUCAACAAAGCUGUUCCACGAAUGUUUUCAAUGUGUCGGCGUCGAGCAGUAGCAGCAGUAGCACGCUUACCACCAAUAUAAAUGCGAUAAAUGCAUCGAAUAGUUCACAAUAUGAAAACCAAAAUUCAACUAAACGGCUCGAAAAAAUUGGACCCAAUGAAACCGGUGCAAGUGAAGAAGAUCAAUUGAAUGGCGAUGAGCUAGCCAAUAGUAAUGACUUUGAAAAUGACAAUGAACAUAUUGAUGAAAUCAGUUCAGAUGUCGAUGGUGAUGAAAAUGAGUUCAUUAGUUGUAAUGAGACACAAACAGAGAGACCAACGAAGAGCAGUGAAUAUCGAAAACAACGUUCAAAGCAACAGCAUAAGGAUAAUAGUAUGGAAAGUGGGUCUGAUAGCAAUAAAGAAACGCGUAGUUUCAAGGAAGAAACUACCGACGCAUUGACCGGUGAUGGUGAAACCAUAAAUGAAAAGAGAACACACGGUCUGAAAGUAUUGAGCAACGUUCAAGUUUCGCCAAAUGCUAUACUUAAUGUUUCGCUUAAUUCAACAAAUAAAGAAACGAUCCCCUUGAAUAAUAUGAUAAUUGUCAGUUCAAUACCAUCUACAUCAACCGGAACUACCUCACAGGUGCUACCGACUCAACUAAUAAGAUCACAAUCACUUCUAAAGACUUUGAAUGAAUCACGUUCACCAUCGGAUGCUAAAAAUCCGAAACAUACCAAAGCAAACAUUGAAAUUGCCUCAACAAGUUCAGCCGAACAACACAAUAACGAAGAUGACGAUAAUCAAUUGGUUGAUCCACUUGCUCUGGACGAAAGGAAUACCAGCGACGAAUGUUUCAUAAAACCAUGUUCAAGCAAAGCAACUAGCGUAAUUCGUUUGGCAUCUCAAAAAUCGCCAAAACCAUCGUCAUCGACGACUGACACUGCAAGACCAACUAAUCGUCAAUCGGUUAAAAAAUUGGUUGUUAAACUUAAGAAGCCAUUUGUUCCAGUAAUCGAAGAAGAAGCCAAUUUGCAUCCUCCUGAUGAACAUUUUGAUAAUCGUACGGGGAACAAUUCAUUUGAAAGCACAAGUAAAAAUGAGAAUGAGGUUCUGCUUGAGUGUUCUGAAGAUGUACCAUUUAGUCCACUUCGACAAUCAUAUACGCCGCUUCCAAUGAAUCAAUCGAACGAUAACGACGACGAUGAGGAUGAUUUGAUAAUUCCCGAUUGUGAUCCAUCGCCUCGAAAUUAUCCAAACGAUUCACAGAACGAACUACAUAUGAUUGAUAUCAAAUUAAGUCAACAAAUGCUUGAUAUUGCUGAUCACGACCAACCAUCCGAUGCGAAUGAAAAUGUAAAUAUGUCAAUUAGUAAAGAAGACGUCGUUCUUUUCACGAUUAAUGCUGCAAAUGAUGAAGAACAUAUGGACGAAACAGAAGAAAUUCAUAUCACAGCAGCAAAGACGUAUUUAGAAAAAUCAUCGACGACAACAACAAGUUCCGAGUGCACCUCAUACGCAUCAUCAUCGUCAGUGUCGAAUCUGGGGCCAGGCUCUUCUCAAAACGAGUUUCAUAGCAUCGCUGGUACGAGCCGAAUGAAAUUUCUAGAUUACAAUGAACAACGAUUGCGUGUACGAUUGUCUCCGAUACCCUUUGUUGGCGACAACAAUGCAUGGAAUCAAACGUUCAGUUCGUCUUAUGCAUCAGCCGGCGAAGAGAAUUACAAGCAUUGCAUGGACAUGGAUAGUUGUAAAACGAAUUCAGUUAGUGCACGUGCACCAUCAACCGAUAGUCUGAACAUACGUACAGAUGAAAAGAUGCCAGCUAAAGGUGAAAUAUCGGAGCAAGAGAGCAAUGGUGAUGUUGAAGGUUUAUGGAGCCAUCAGGUGUAUUCGACUGAAAACGAUAACAUGCCCAGAUAUACAAAUUCAUAUGACACAACGGUGGCGCGUGAAAGUUGGAGUUUAAGUAAUGAACAACAUUUAUCGCACGAAAUGGAAAAUAUGUCAACAAUUUUAAUGAAAUUCAGUUCGUUGGAACAAACGGAUCGUAAUAUGGAUAUAAAGCCAUUUGUUGGCAAUAAUAUUUGCAAUGAAAAGGAUAUGCUGAAGGCAUCAAAAUCAUUGACAAAAACGCGAAAAUAUCGUUGUCCGAUAUGUGCGCAAAUUUUUGCAACGCUUAAGGAGAAACGUGCACAUUUGAUUUGUGUGCAUGAUUAUCAGCAGGGUGUGUCGGUGACAAAAACGACCGCAAAAGCAAUGAAAUUCACAAAAAUAAAAAAACCCACCGAAACAAUAACAAGUGCCAGUUGUUCAACGUUGGAUACAACGGAAACGCCGGUGAUCGAGUGUAAGAAAGAGCGUUCGGACACAUUGAGACCAUUCACUAGUCUCAAUAAUUAUCUUUUAAGUUACAAUUGGUCAACAUUGAAAUCACGACCAACUGAUGGUACAAAGGAUGAAAAUAAGACGCUAUUUGAAAUUCUUGACAGCGGCGUGAAUUAUGUGUGUAAGGUGUGUGAAGAGCAAUUCAACAGUAUUCGAGCAUAUGAUAUGCACAUGACAACCCAUCCAGCCGAAUGUUAUACGUGCGGACGCACAUUUAAGCGUUGGGUUAAUUUCAGUAUUCACUUAAAGCGGCACUUAAACAUACGCGAACAUCGUUGCAUCCAUUGUCCAAAGCGUUUCGUAUUGAGACAGAGUAUGAUCGAACACAUGAGAAUUCAUAGCAAUGAGGCGCCAUUAAAAUGCAGUUUAUGCAUGAAACGCUUUAAGCGUUUUUCAAAUUUGAUACAGCAUCGCAAUCGACAUCAUUUAAAAUUGCGGCCACAGGCCAAAGAUUUUAUAUGUUCAUGCGGUGAAGUGUUCCAUUCACAGGCAAAAAUUGCCUGGCAUCGUGAAACGCACGACGUUAAGCCAAAGUGCUGUCCGUAUUGUCGUGAACGAUACAUGCACAAAAAUAGCUUAGUGAAACACAUUCGAUUAUCGCAUACCGAACGUUUUCAUUUAUUCAAACGUGAUUCGGUCGAAUGUCCGUAUUGCAAAAAGAAAUACAUAAAAUCUAGUCUUAAAAUGCAUAUGGAACAGCAUAAAACAUCUCGAACCACAUACGAAUGUACGAUUUGUAAUAAGACGCUUACAACAAAAUGGAAUUUAAAGCAACAUAAAUGGAUACAUGCCAGCCGAUCGUCGAAGCCAUUCAAAUGCAAUAUGUGCACGAAAGCAUUUAUACGUGAAAGUGAAUACAUUUCACACAUGAACACGCACAAAGCAAUUAAGCCGUACACUUGUGAUCAUUGCGGUUGUCAAUUUGCACGAAAAUACAAUUGGCUACGACAUACACGUGAACACGAAACACUCAAGAAAUUCCGUUGUGAUACAUGCGGCAAGGACUUCCAUCGUGCAUACUAUUUAAAGGAACAUAAACGCAUUCAUACGGGCGAACGACCAUUCGAAUGUGUUAUCUGUGGAAAAACGUCGACGACUAAAACCAAUCACAAUAAACACGUUAAAAUUCAUCAUGCUCGCGAUCCGCUCACCGCUGAAGCAUGAAAACAAAUUCAUUAUUAUUGCGAUGCAUGCAUACAAUUUAACAUUAUAAUCUCAACCGAAAUACAAUACUAUAUAUAAUUAUACUAUUCGCAUAAAAAGCAUUUUCAAAUGGAUUUUCCUCACACCAUUUAUAACAACUAUUUGUAUUAUUUUUCGACUGCGAAUUGAAGUGUUUUUUUUUGUGUCACAGAUAUAAAAUAGAGUAUAUAAUAUGAGUGCAAUUUGAAACAAACAAAAAAAAAUUCGUGCGUAUUUCAUGUAAAAAAUACAUAUAUAAUAUACAUUAUAAUAACUCUAUACGAAACGAUAACAUUCACGAUGUAAUGAAUGUUUUAACGAUACAAUACAAUAAAAUACAAUUUAUCAUGCAAUUGUACACACAUAAUUGAGAUGAAGAGAUCCUUUUUGUCGAUGUGUUUUUGUUUUAAAAAAUUUUUUUUAUUCGAGCUUUGUGUUUUAAACGUUUGUUUCUUUUUUUAUAUAUAUCUUCAAAGACGAAACAACAAAUUAUGUUGAAAAACACAUACCAUCGUAGCAACAACGUUAUGGUAGAGUCUUUAUUUGAAAAUUUUGCAAUUUAAAAGAAAUUAAAAUCAUAUAAAUCACACAAAAUCCACUUCAUUAAUUUUACUUCCUAAAUCUUGGACACACAGACACAUACACAUAAAAGUACACAUUAAACUAAUUUUAUUAUGUUAUAUUUGACAAAUUUAUGUUGUACAUUAGGAUUUUUGCUCAAUGAUGCAACCAAGAAAAUUGAACACAAUUUUAACAUUAUUAAUAAUAAUUUUUUUUUACUUUAAUUCUUUACAAAAAAAAAUGUUCUUUUUCUGUGUGGUUGCUUAUAUUCAUGGUUUCACGCAGCCUUUCAUUUUUUAUUAUAAUAAUCGAUGAAAUCAUUACAGCCGUUGAUUCAGCGGCAAAUUAAAGUUCAAUUAGAGUUAGGAAGUGGCUAAUUGUUAAAAUCAAGAUUACUAUGUUUAUUGCUAACAUUAAUUAAUGAAACAAAUUCGAUGUUUUAUGCUGAUCUAUAGUAUAACAAUAGAUCCUAUUUGUAUUCAAUGGUUGGACUAUAUUAUCUAAUGUAAAACGACAUAUUUAGCCAACUCUGAAAAAAAAAACACUCUUUGGCUAUCGGAACUCUCUCUCCAUAUUUUACAAGCUUUAGCCGUUUCAUUUUAAACUAUUUUCGUUUCUUUGUUUUUCUCUCAUUUCAAUCUAAUUGAAUCAAUAUCUUCAUACAAAUAACAAAUGAUUGUCAUUUGAUAUAAUAUAGUUCAUUCAUACAGUUCAGCAAAAAAAAAAA